AUGCCGGGGAAAGACCCUUCCGCUGACUUCAAGGGGAACAUCAAAGUCAACAACAAUCCCCCCACAAAAGAAGAUCUGGAGAAAAUCGCGGACCUGCCUGUACUAGACAAGGAUGGGAAGAAGUGUACGUUCAAGAGCUUGUAUGCCGACAAUGAGAAUGGACCGCGCCGGGUUCUGAUAAUAUUUAUACGGCAUUUCUUCUGUGGGAAUUGCCAAGAGUACCUCCGUACCUUCGCAUCCUCCAUUACCCCCGAGUCCCUCUCCUCCCUCUCCCCACCCACCCAAAUUGUCGUCAUCGGCUGCGGCCAACCGCACCUCAUACCCAUGUACAUUCAAGAAACCGGAUGCACCUUUCCCAUCUACGCCGACCCUACACGGAAAUUAUAUCAUCUCCUCCGUAUGACGAGCACCCUGACUCUGGGCAAGACGCCCGAAUACAUGCAGCGCUCUAUCCUGUCCAUGGCUGUGAGGAGCUUCAUUCAAGAGCUGAAGUCGGGCAGAAACAUGCUUUCCGGCGGCGAUUUCCGACAAGUGGGUGGAGAAUUCUUCUUUCAAAACGGGAAGGUGACCUGGUGCCGUCGCAUGCGGAGUACGAGAGACCAUGCGGAGAUCCCCGUUGUAAGACAACAGCUGGGACUGGACGACACGCCAGCGCCACGGAGGAAGAGGUGGAGCGCUGCCGGUAUAGGAGAUGGUAUCACCAGGCGAUUGAGUAAUCGAAGACCCAUGAGUUGGGCUGGAGGGCCGAGAAGUAAGAGCGGGAAUAGGCUGGAGAGACCCGCCAGUGGGAUGGACUUCCUCAGAGAGGAGGAUGGGGAGAAGUUGAUAAACGGAAAUGGGGUUGCAAGUGGGCAUGAUGUGGGUGCCAAUGGCGCUGCCACGAAUCGUGUUGCUACCAACGGCGCUACCACGAACGGUACGGCCAACGGAGCUACUGUCAACGGAUCCGGCAAUGGUGGUACCACGAACGGCCGCGCAAUCUUGGAAAGAAUCAACUUCGAUACGUAA